AUGUCUACUUCCGCUGAAGGUUCAGACGACAUUGCUAAGAUUAGAAUAAAUGGUGCAAACCAGGGUACCCUUCCGAAGACAAGAAUUGGGAAGUUAACUAAAGCAGAAUUGAAAAGAAGACGGGAGCAAAGACGAGCCAAGGGUCCCUGGGGAUCAUGGUCUUCAAGUUCAGAGAGUGAUCAUGAGACUGAAUUAAAAAAACAGAAACCGUCGCCAGAAGAUAACUUUGUUGAUGACAAUGAGAUAUCGGAUACUGACGGCGAUACCGAAGAAACUUCGACGUUUUAUGGUAAAACCGAAAAGGAUUACCAAGGUCGUGGAUUUCUUCAUCCACCAACGGAUAUUGAUACAGAUUUGCAUAAACCAGUUUUAUCUUACAAAUGUUAUCUACCCAAGAGGACAAAAUAUACACUUUCUGGUCAUAUUAAUGGUACAACAAGUUUGAAACUUCUACCGAAGACAGGCCAUCUUAUAUUGUCUGGGGGUAACGAUAACGUAGUUAAGAUAUGGGACUUCUAUCAUGAUCGUAAGGUUCUUAGAGAUUAUAAGGGUCAUUCGAAGGCAAUCAAAUCUCUAUGUUUCAAUGAUGAUGGCACCAAAUUCAUUAGUUCAUCAUUUGAUCGAACUGUCAAAAUAUGGGAUACAGAAAGUGGAAGUAUUCAAAAGAAAUUAAGAUUCGGUUGUAUUCCAAAUGCCAUUAAAUUCCGGCCCUUGAAUUCUAAUGAAUUUAUUGUUGGUUUAUCGAAUUCAAAGAUAUAUCAUUAUGAUGAUCGUAUAUCUGCGAAAGAUGGUAGAGUACAAGUUUACGAUCAUCACAUGAGUAGUAUAUUAGCAUUAGAAUAUUUCCCUGAUGGUUCUAAGUUCAUUUCAUCUUCUGAAGAUAAGACAGUGAGGCUAUGGGAAAAUCAAAUUAAUAUUCCAAUUAAACAAAUUAGUGAUACAGCUCAACAUUCAAUGCCAUAUAUUUCUAUUCAUCCUGAGGAAAAAUAUUUCUGUACUCAAAGCAUGGAUAAUACUAUUUAUACGUACGGUAUGAAACCUAAGUACAAAACACAUCCUAAAAAGGUGUUCAAAGGACAAACGUCAGCUGGUUACGGUAUAGGAAUAACAUUCUCAUCGGAUGGACGAUAUAUAUGUUCUGGGGAUGCAAAAAGCAAAGUACAUAUUUGGGAUUGGACUACCAUUAAGCUACUGAGCACUAUAUCUAUCCCUGGUGGUAAACCUAUAACCCAGGUUGAAUGGAAUCCUCAAGAAACUAGUAAGGUUGUAUGUAGCGGUGCCAGCGGUAAAAUAUAUGUAGUGGAUUAA